AGUGGGCCAGGGACGCCCUAUUCCCCUCCCCGCGGCUGCCUGUCAGAGCGCUUCUGGAGAUAUUACAGGGUACCCAGCCCUCAGCGACAGGCACAAAGUCACAGGGUAAUGAACUUCGGGGACCCUUCGCUGCUGCGUGCACAGCUGUCCCUGGAAGCCCAGACCCGGCCGCCUCUGUCCCCACGCAAGAUUCCCCAGCCAUCUAAGUGUCCCCACGGGGCGCCGGGGUUCCCCGCAGCGCGGACCCCCCGUCGGCCUCGGCGAUCGCUGCUGUGUUCUCCGGAGACCUGCAGUCCGUCUCGAUCUGCGUGUCUGCGCACAGGAAGACACUGAAAAGCGAGUGACAGGCAUGGGGAAAGAGGGCGAUCUUGCCCUCUCUGCCCCGUAGGAAGACCGUUUUCGUGUUUCCAUCUCUGUCCUUCAAUAUCCCCCCACCCGCCCCUGUGCUCUCCUUAACCCUUCUUCGGCUUGCCUGUCCAUCUCUCCAUCUUUCUGUUCACGCGCGUGUCCACAUCAAGCCGCAUUUCCCAGCAGCUGCAGUUUUUGCAAGAGCCGGGAAGAAAACUUAAGGAUGCUUACAUUUCCACCGUGGAACGAAUUCUGAGCUCUCGGAGAGGGGGACAGGGUGCGACCGAUCUCCACCUGUCCAGCCCCGAGAGCCUCGCAGGCUGGAGGGCGUGUGGAGAGCCGGGGCGCCGGGCAGCGAGACGGCCGCUGCCGGCCGGGACUCGGGCAGUGCCCACCAACCGCUCCGCCCCGGGACCGCCAGCAUGAGCAAGCCGGCCGGAUCAACAAGCCGCAUUUUAGAUAUCCCCUGCAAAGUGUGUGGUGACCGCAGCUCCGGGAAACACUACGGGGUCUAUGCUUGUGACGGCUGCUCUGGUUUCUUCAAGCGGAGUAUCCGAAGGAAUAGGACGUACGUGUGCAAGUCUGGAAACCAGGGAGGCUGCCCAGUAGACAAGACUCACAGAAACCAGUGCAGGGCCUGUCGGCUGAAGAAGUGUUUGGAAGUCAACAUGAACAAAGACGCCGUGCAGCACGAGCGGGGCCCUCGGACGUCCACCAUCCGCAAGCAGGUGGCCCUGUACUUCCGAGGACACAAGGAGGAGAACGGGGCCGGCGCGCACUUCCCGUCGGCCGCGCUGCCCGCCCCCGCCUUCUUCACGGCCGUCACGCAGCUCGAGCCGCACGGUCUGGAGCUGGCCGCGGUGACCGCCACCCCGGAGCGGCAGACCCUCGUGAGCCUGGCGCAGCCCACGCCCAAGUACCCUCAUGAAGUGAACGGCACCCCGAUGUAUCUCUACGAAGUGGCCACUGAGUCAGUGUGUGAAUCAGCUGCAAGGCUUCUCUUUAUGAGCAUCAAAUGGGCAAAGAGUGUGCCAGCCUUUUCCACACUGUCUUUGCAAGACCAGCUGAUGCUUUUGGAAGAUGCUUGGAGAGAACUGUUUGUUCUAGGAAUAGCACAAUGGGCCAUUCCGGUUGAUGCUAACACUCUACUGGCUGUAUCUGGCAUGAACAGUGACAACACAGAAUCCCAGAAGCUGAACAAGAUCAUAUCUGAAAUACAGGCUUUACAAGAGGUGGUGGCUCGGUUUCGACAGCUCCGAUUAGAUGCCACCGAGUUUGCCUGUCUGAAAUGCAUUGUCACUUUCAAAGCCGUUCCUACACACAGUGGUUCAGAGCUGAGAAGUUUCCGGAAUGCCGCUGCCAUUGCGGCUCUCCAAGAUGAGGCUCAGCUGACUCUCAACAGCUACAUCCACACCAGAUACCCUACUCAGCCUUGCCGCUUUGGGAAACUUCUGCUGCUGUUGCCAGCUUUACGUUCCAUCAGCCCUUCCACCAUAGAAGAAGUGUUUUUCAAGAAAACCAUUGGCAACGUGCCAAUUACGAGACUGCUUUCAGAUAUGUACAAAUCGAGCGAUAUCUAAGCUCUUCAAGUACCCGCUUUUCAAGAUGGGACAGACAGUAUCAGACGGACUUCUAGCUACGGAGGACAGACCUCAACUAACAAAACCCUUCAGGAAGCAGAAACCUGGGAAUGUGGAGCCGGAGGACACAAAACAGUUCUAAUAGCUAUGCCCUGCUGCCCCACUGGCAUAGGGCAGCCAAAAAGGAGGGGUGGCACAACAGGACCACCUGAUGGAACAAAAGUCGCUGCUGCCAGCCAUGCCCGGGGAAGGGGCCAGCUGGGGGCAUCACAGGCGAGGCGUUCUGCAUCUGACCUGGAACUAUCAAAAGCUGAAAGACAAGUCAUACUUUCCCUUCUUAGCACAUAAAGUUGAUUGAGCAAUGAUAGCUCUGUGCAUAACAUCAUAUUGCGGCCUUCUGAACUACGUUGCGUUGGAACAUUUCUGUUAAAGAUAAUGGUUAGGUUUUUAAUCAGAGGUAUUAUCAAAAGUUCCCUUCUAUUGUAAUACAUCAUUAAGUGGCCUUCAGAACCAAGUCAGUGAAAAGUAGCCUAUGCUGGCUGUGUGAUUUCCUUGUACGCUCUCUGCCCCACCACACACCCUUUUUAAAUCCUUUUUUUUU